AUGGCUAGCGAAACAUCGGAUCCGAAUCAGCCUCCGGGCCCUAUCCCCGCUUCGAUUUCGCUUCCUUCGCAUCCUCUCCACCCAUUUCCUCAAUCUGCCUUAAUAACUUCUACCCCAUCAACUUCUGAUCUGAUGCUACUCGAUUCGCCUCUCUUUCCGACUUCCCCAUCUUACACAAUCCCGGUCCGUUCGCCUGCCACUCCUCAGGUUCUAACUUUUUCCUCUGGACCUGCUUCCCCUCCAUCUCAGGCGCCUCCGGGUUCUCAACUUCCGCUAGCUCCUCCGCCCGAUACAUCUUCCGAGGCUACACUUAAAGGCCCCCCAUUCGAAGUAAAGUACACAAAAGACAAGGGAUUUGGUUGCUUCGCGACAAGAGAUAUACAAGCCGGCGAGCAUAUUCUGCUUGAGAAACCCUAUCUGUGGCGUCACAAUUGGAGCACCGCCGGUGAAAAUCUGGAUGCAUUAGUUGAAAGGUUUGAGGAAGAUCUCUCUAAGGUCCAGCAAGAAGAAUUUCUAGGGUUAUACGGGUCUGGCCCCGCCCAGCGGGUGGCUUGGUUACGCAAAGACCUUGAGGAGGGAAAUUACGAACCCGAGCAAGUUGAAAGAUACCUCAAACUCGCAUUGAUUUUCGGUUCAAAUCGAUUCGAGGCGAUCCCGAGGAAACGGAGACGUGAUGGGACUUGGGCGCCCUCUAUAUCCGCCGUUUUCCUGAAGGCGAGCAGGUUGAAUCACUCUUGCUAUGCUAAUACAUACUACACUUUUGACGCAUUCGUCGGGCAUUUCCUCGCGGCCGCUAAUCGGCCUAUUAAGGCAGGCGAAGAGUUGACUAUUACCUACGUGCCAUUCUGCUACCCGAGGGCCUUACGACAAAGGCUACUAGGCCAAUGGGGAAUCGAAUGUGAAUGCUUUCAUUGCACGGGUCCGAGCGAAGAUUUCGAUAUUCGACUCGAAGAGGCUGCUAACAUACAAGGACUCGUCGCAGCAAGUGAAGAACGGGGAGCGUUGUCUAUUGAAGACGAGGAAGAAACUGUACAAAAGGGUGCCCGUCUCACUAGACGUAUGCAGGUUCUCGAAGCCCUGCAUAUGCGCCCAGAACUAUUUUUUGCGUACCAUGAUUUCAGCCUUUAUUUGCUCAGCGUAUCGCAAGCUAAAGAAGAAACGGACGCAGAACGCAGCUUACAACUCAUGGAACGAGUUAUGGAGUUGAGAUUCCAACAAGUUGCAAUUGGCGAAGAACUCUGGCCGAAUGGUAACCUUCUCUUAACCGAAGCGCGCUCAUUGCUAGAGCUGGAUCUAAGGAGACUUGGAGAUCUGAUAGAGAGGACACAUAAUGAUUAAAUGCAUCUAGUACAUGUGUAGAAUGAACAAAAAAAU